UGAUUCCUUUGUAUAUUCAAGUUUGAAAAGCAUCGCUCCAUGUUAUUUUCUUCCUGUCUUUCAUUUCAGGAGUCUGUCCCGAAGGUUCCAACCUUCCGUGGCCCUGGUCUUCCUGAACCCCCGAAGCAGCUGAUUCCCACCCCUCUGAGUGUGAGGCAGUCACUUCAGCGGGACCGUGCACCUCUGGCUGCUCAAUUCAGCAGAGCUCUCAAAGGCCCUGAGCUCCUUCAGGGCGCUCUGCACAAGCAUCCGGGGAGGCAGGCGAUGGAUCUACCUCCUGUUUUGCUUUCUCCUCAGUCCCAGAUCUGCUCCCACCUGGCAGAAACCUGCAUGGAAGGCGAGAGAAGCCCACCCACAGUAGAACUGGGCAGAGAUUCCUCUUUUCCCAGUGGUCAGCUGCCUAGCUCCAGCCUAACUGACUCAGAUUGGUUUUGGAAUGAGCACAUCCAGGCAAAGAGGGCCAGAGUAGAGACUAUUGUCCGCGGCAUGUGUCUCUCUCCUAGUCCCUUGGUGUCAGGCAGUGUGCGAGCCAGGGAGCACCCAUGCUAUCCAGAAAAGGUCCGGGAGCGGAAAAGAAAGCAGAGCCUUCCGAUGCACCAGGGUUCCCUGAAAUCAGGUCAUGUCUGGGAUCGAGCAUCCAAGAAGGGGGGGACCCGAGUAAAAGAGCAGCUCCAUCUACUGAAACAACAGCUAAGACAUCUCCAGGAGCAUGUCCUACAGGGUGCUGAGCCAAGGGCACCUGCGCAGGGCUCAGGAGGGACUGAGCAAAGAAGCCCCACGAGGGCAAAGCCGAGGAACAGCUCCCCGUCUAGCCCCCGGACCAUGGAGAACAAACCCCAGCAGAGUUCUAACAAGGACAUCUGUGGAGCAGUAAAGCCACACGUGGUUGAGGUACAACAGCAGGCGGAGGAGGCCAUGCUCAGUCCUUCCGGACCGCGGGCUUUAGUGGAGACGCUGAGGAAAGAACUAAGCAGGGCCAUGUCCCUGGCUGUGGACUCAGUAUUACAACAGGUGCUACUGGAUCCACCAGGCCACCUCACCCAGCAGGAACCAAGCUGCCUGGGGACAGCAUCAGAGAGCAGAAGCCAGCCUUCCCCUCCAGGGAGGAGUGCCUAUCAGCCUCCACUUGUUAUUGCCACCCUGCCUAGGAGGGUCCAGCCACAAGCUGGGGUGCCCUUGGGUAAUUCACUGGCUACGCCUCUAGAUCCUCCUAUGUGUUCUUCCUCUCCGAGAUCAGUUCCCAAACCGUAUCAGAGUCCCCUGUCAAACUGUCCCUUGACAGCUGUGCCUUCCCACAUCUGGGAAAACCAAAUUCUUAGCCAGCUUCUGGGUCGUGGGCCUGACAGCCAUUGGAGUGGCAACCCUCCCCAGAACUCGUCGGCCCAAAGCCGUACCUCCCUGGAGUCUGCCCAGCAGCCUUGGGGUUUGAGCCAGCAGCAACUCCCCAUGUCGUUCACCCCUGUCCACCUGGAAAGCCGGCCUCUCCCACCCUCUGUGAAGAUGGAGCCUGGUGGGCUGCAGGGCCUGGCUGACAGGAUUCCUUUCUCGUCCAUCCACAUCCAGGAAGGCCUGAGCCCUGGUCAUUUGAAGAAAGCCAAACUCAUGUUUUUCUUCACACGGUACCCCAGUUCCAGCCUCCUGAAAGCGUAUUUCCCUGAUGUCCAGUUCAACCGCUGCAUCACCUCCCAGAUGAUUAAGUGGUUCAGCAACUUCCGUGAGUUUUAUUACAUCCAAAUGGAAAAGUACGCCCGGCAAGCAAUCUCAGACGGUGUCACAAACCCCAAAAUGCUGGCGGUUCUCCGUGAUUCAGAGAUUUUUCGAGUUCUCAAUACACACUAUAACAAGGGAAAUGACUUUGAGGUCCCAGACUGCUUCUUGGAAAUUGCCACCUUGACAUUACAGGAGUUCUUCAAGGCUGUCUCCACAGGGAGAGAUUCAGAUCCUUCCUGGAAGAAACCCAUUUACAAAAUUAUUUCAAAACUGGACAGUGACAUCCCAGAGAUACUCAAGUCUUCCAACUAUGCCCAGGAACUGUUUCGAAGUUAAGAUUUAAAAAAUGAGGUCAAGCACAAUGUCUUGUAAUCCCAAUACUUGGAAGGCGGAGGCAGGAGGAUCAGGAAUUGGACAGUCUUGGUUACACAGACAGAUGAUCAAACAAAAUGAGAAGACUGACCCAGGAUGGCCCAAGGGUUGUCAUAAAUGCCAGUCUAGCUGCAGUCAUGUAAGAAGGCUCAAGAGGACCCCUCCCAUGGGUACAAUUACCAUUUUGAACACUUGUUUCCUUGUUCAGAACCAUCCUAGACUUAACCUUAAUCACAGUGUAGCCACUGAGACUAUAGUGUGUUGUCAGUGCCACUGUCAUCAAGUGCUGGGACAUGGGUCAUUUCCUGGUGUUUCUGCAGCUCUACAAAGA